AUGCCUGAACUUAUCAAUGCAAAUCCUACCAUCUACAAGCCUUCAAAAACUUCUCACCGAAUUCUAACAGAAACAGAGGAACAAGAGGAAUUUGAAGACAUAAUCGAUUCCCAAGAAGUAUUUGCUGUUAGAUCUUUCUUUCAAACAGUUAUACUAACCAAUACUUUUAAAAAAAUUUAUACAGAUCUAAUCCGUUCAAUAUCAGACCCCGAACAUCCAUUAACUCUUGAAGAAUUAAAUGUCACACAACUUGAUCACAUUAAAGUUGACGAUGUUAAUGCUUAUAUUAGUAUUGAAUUCACUCCAACUAUACCACACUGUUCCAUGGCUACUCUAAUUGGUUUAUGUAUUCGUGUAAGGCUUUUACGGAGUUUGCCUGAAAGGUUUAAAGUUGACAUUAUGGUUAGAAAAGGUACUCAUCAAUCUGAACAAGCUGUUAAUAAACAGUUGAAUGAUAAAGAACGUGUUGCUGCUGCUUUGGAAAAUAAUCAUUUAUUGGAAGUUGUAAAUCAAUGUCUGUCGAGUGCACAUAAGCGUGGGAAUGUUCGUUGUUAA